AUGAAUAUUGAAGAUGCUCCUCGCUCUGGUCGGCCAGUCACCACUGAUGUCGACCAAAUAACAGCUUUAAUCGAUUCCGAGCGGCAGAUCACAGUUCGGGAAAUCGCAGCGAGGUUAAACAUUGGCAAAUCAACUGUUUCCGAACAUUUAAACAAGCUCCAGAUGGUAAAAAAGCUUGAUGUUUGGGUGCCGCACGACUUAACUGAGAAAAAUCGUAUUGACCGCAUUUCCAUCAGCGAUUUGCUAUACAAACGCAAUGAAUACGAUUCAUUUUUAAAACGCAUCAUAACAGGCAACGAAAAGUUGAUAAUUUAUAAUAAUGUCGAGCGUAAAAGGUCGUGGAGCAAGCGAGGUGAACCGCCAUUAACCACUUCGAAGGCAGGCUUACAUCCGAAAAAGGUAAUGCUCUGCAUUUGGUGGAAUUGGAAGGGGAUAGUAUAUUAUGAGCUACUACCGGACAACGAAACCAUCGAUUCGGACAAGUACUGUUCACAGUUGGAUAAAUUGAAGAUAGAAAUCGCCAAAAAGUGUCCGGAAUUGAUCAAUAGGAAAGGCGUCGUUUUUCAUCAUGAUAACGCCAGACCUCAUGCAAGUUUGCAGACUCGCCAAAAAUUAUUGGCGUUUGGCUGGGAUGUUUUGCCUCAUCCACCGUAUUCCCCCGACAUUGCACCCUCGGAUUUUCAUUUAUUUCGGUCGCUACAAAACUCAAUUAAUGGUUUGAACUUUGCUUCUUUGCAACUCCUCAAAAACUACUUGGACAGCUUCUUCGCCGAAAAAACCCAAGACUUCUAUGAGGAAUUAUGA